UAUGAGUAAUGAGCCCAUUAAUGCUCCCCCCUCCCACAUGAUUUUCCCUUUUAAAAAAAGAAAGUCAUCGCUUGAGAUGAUUCCACUCAAAUAUAAACAAGUUGCAGUAGGAGCAAGUAAGAUCGUUCAGUCGCCUCCAUUCUGCUCCUUUCCCCAUUCUUCAUCUCAAAGACAAAAGGAACAUUUCUCCAUUCUGCGCUAGCCAUACCAUACUAAUAGCAGCACUGCCGCCGGAAUUAGCGACUGAUCUGCGGGCUGCGGCUGACAAGCUACAAAUCCCAUCUCCGUCAGUAGGCUCACCAUGUCGUCCGCCUCCGCCAUCGUCGCCCCUACGUGGAGCGGGCACCACCUGCUGAAGAUCGACGGCUACUCCUUCACCAAGGACGUCCCCACCGGACAGAAGAUCGAAUCCCGCCCUUUCGACCUUGGCGGACAUCGAUGGCACAUCGAUUACUACCCCAACGGCUGCACCGCUGAGGAUGCGGACUACAUAUCCCUGUUCCUUGUUCUCGAGGACAGUGUUUUCAAGGCGGUGAAGGCGCAACAGAAGUUCUCUUUCGCCGGCGAGGUCAAGGGCCAAGCUCCAUCACUAGGAUCAUCCGUAACGGUAAACAACUACACUUGUCUGCAGGGCUGGGGGACUAGUAGUUUCGUCAAAAGGGAAGACCUGGAGGAGUCGGAGCAUCUCCAUGAUGAUUCUUUCACGGUCAGAUGCGAUAUCGUCGUCAUCAGCGAUUACCAGGCUGAGGAUCUGCCCGAGAGCACUCCUCCAACCUUCGUCUCUGUGGAACCAUCUGACCUUCACCAGCACCUUGGCGACCUCCUUAGGAGCGAGAAGGGCGCCGACGUGGUUUUUGAGGUUGCUGGCGAGACCUUCGCAGCGCACCGGUGCCUGCUCGCCGCCCGGUCGCCGGUCUUCAGCGCAAUGCUCUUUGGCGGCAUGAAGGAGGGCAACACGGUGCACAUACAUGACAUGGAUGCCCAGGUGUUCAAGGCGUUGCUCAGCUUUGCGUACACGGACUCCUUAGCAGGGGAGACAGAGGAAAACGAAGAAGACGAAGAAGACGAGGCCAUGUUCCAGCAUUUGCUUGUUGCCGCGGACAGGUACAACAUGGAGAGGCUGAAGAGUAUCUGCGAGGAUAAGCUAUGCAAGCACAUCGACGUGGACAAGGUGGGGAUUAUCCUGGAGCUGGCCGAGCAGCACCACUGCGACGGCCUAAGCAAAGCAUGCUUAAGUUUUCUCGGCUCCCCGACAAACCUUCGAGCUUUUGUAGACAGUGACGGCUUCAAUUGUCUGAGCAAGAGCUGCCCUUCUGUUAUUAAGAAGCUGAUUGCCAUGUUGGCCUUUGUUUCGUGAUGCCUGUUGCGCUAGCAAUCAGAGUUCACCGGUUUGGAAUAUGUAUCACAAGGUAUUUCUGUUGCUAUCAAUGAUGAUGUGCUCCCUGGUAAUCUAGACUUAUUAUUAGGUAGUUAUCUUGGAUUCUUGGUAUAUGGCUGUCAGAUUAUCUAUCAUAAUUUUCCUAACUUUCUAUUGAGAUGCAGAAUAGUACUAUCAUAUUGUCACUUUUUUGUUUUGUUUCAGUGUUUUUAUUUCAUUACAUAUUUAUCAGCAAGUACAUUUCUUUUUUUUAAAGAAAGUACAUUGCUAUCAGGUAAAUGUGAAGAUUGAAGUCUGGGCA